AUGCAGUGCUCCCGCCUCAUCGUGCUGUUGGCUGUUGCCGCUGCCAGCAAGCACAAGCAUUGCCGUGGCUGCGAAGUCAGUGAAGGAGGCGGAAAAUGCACACGGCCCCGGCCUUGGGGGCCAGCAUUCCUACAGUUCAAAAGCGAAGUUCAGCAAACUCUCGUCGCCUCUGCUGGGUCCUGCGCGCCUUUCGCGGAAUGGCCAGAUGUGGAUGGCGGCAUCACCUGUGGAAGCUGUCGGGCGCUCGUGAAGGCAGAGCCUUACGGAGGACGCUGCGAUAGGUACUGCGAGAGCUUCGGGCAUCGAUGCACCGCAGCUGCUGAAGAGAGGGCUGAGAACUGUGAGGUUCUGGAGGAGAAACGAUGUGAUGAGUCCAUCUCAGGAACCUCUGACAUCCUUUGCACAUGCGAGCGCGAAGGGACACCGACCACACCUGGCUGCUUUGGCGAGCUGCCAGGGCUCGCGCAGAACGAGGGUGGGAGCGUGGGGCAGGUCUCUACCUCAUCCGCAUCUGAGUGCCAAAACAGCUGCGAGCAGAAUCCGGCUUGCAACAGUGUAUCCUUCUGCAGAGAAUGGGGCUGCUUCUUGAAGGAUCGCAGCUUCACUGGCACUGAAGCGACGCAGCAGAAAGGGAGCUGCAGGACCUUCUUCAAGAUGCCAUGCAGUGUAACGACGACUCCAAAGCCUGCCAGCACAACCAGUACGCCGCCGCCCACGGAGCCCGGCUGCUUUGGUGAGCUGCCAGGGCUCGCGCAGAACGAGGGUGGGAGCGUGGGGCAGGUCUCUACCUCAUCCGCAUCGGAGUGCCAGAGUAGCUGCGAGCAGAAUCCGGCUUGCAACAGUGUAUCCUUCUGCAGAGAAUGGGGCUGCUUCUUGAAGGAUCGCAGCUUCACUGGCACUGAAGCGACCACGCAGAAAGGGAGCUGCAGGACCUUCUUCAAGAUGCCAUGCAGUGCAACGACCCCAAUGCCCUCGAGCACCAGCCGCAGCGGCCAGUUCAAACUGCGUGUAGUCUCCUACAACCUCUACUGGUGGAAUGCCUUCGGCCAAAACCCGUGGAAGGGGGAGCAGAUCAUCGACAACAUCCGGGAGAGGUUGGCGCCCAGCGCCAUCGGCUUGCAGGAGUGCGACUCCCCAUCCAGGAUUCAGGAGUCGACGGGCUUGGCACAGGCCUCGACGUUCGCGGGGGCUCAGGGUGUCAUGAUGGAUCCCUCCCAGCUGCGCGUAGUGGCAGGCACCUCAGGAUCACAGGAUCUGCAGGCAACAGGCAAGUGGGGUCCCAGGCACGUCACAUGGGUCCAGCUCGCCGACAGGGCCACUGGGAGAACAUUUUGGCACUUCAACACCCACUGGUGUGUUCAUAGUGGCAACGGCCGAACCUGCAACGCAGAGGUGCGAUACACGGGGGCCAAGAACAUGUUGACUGUCAUCCGCGAAAAAGCCGGCAACUCCCCCGUAGUUGUGACCGGCGAUUUCAAUGCCAACAUGAACGAGCAGGGCCCUCAGCACUUCUUGCAGAACGGCUUCAGGCUGGCUGUCGUUGAGUGGGUUGAUGCCAUUUUCUACUCGGAGCACUGGAACCUUGUUUCACAGGGUAGUGGUGAUGCAGCCGGGAGUGACCAUCGCCCAGUCUUUGCAGAGUUGGAGCUACUGUAA